AGCAGCUUCACACCAUGAUUGUUCUGGGUCUGAUCACCUGUGUCGUGCUGAGAGCAUUCAGUGCUCAGGCAAAAGUGGUCCAUAGCUUUAAUGAGUGUGAUGAGUUUUUCUACCUAGGCACAGAACCAAGCGGAAUGGACCAGAAUGCUGAGAAAAUCUGUCAGAAGCUGGAAAAUGGAGGCUUACAUUAUGCUACUCUGUACUCGGUUCAUCACAAGAUCCCUCUCUACAGCGCCUACAAAUUGGACGCUAGAUGCCUAGGCGACACUGAAAGGAAAGACAUCUGGCACCUCGAGCCACAGGUGACUAUGAAUCAACCCAUAAGCAGUUACUACAGGGGCACGGGAUAUGAUCGUGGACACCUGAACCCCAGCUGCUUCCAAUGCGGAGACGGCCGUAAAGCGACAUUCACACUGACCAACGCUGCACCUAUGGACGCGUGUUUCAACCGUAAACACUGGAGGAACUGGGAGAGGACGCUGAAGGGUUAUUUAAUAAAGAAGCUUCUCAGGUAUUUUGAGUCAACAACUUUCAUUGUCACAGGUACGGUACCUGAUCCUAAUGUAUGGAUACCACAGAGGGAAACCUCUAAAGACCCAGAAAGGGUGUCGGUGCCCUCUCACGUCUGGACGGCUGUCUGUUAUAAACGCUACCGUAAUGACAGUAAGUCCUUAUCCUUUGGCUUUAUUGGGAGAAACCAGCAGAAAGAGCCUGACAUACGCCUGAUGAGUGUCUCAGACCUGAAUGAUCAACUCAGCAGACUCUACAGUGAGCUCUCAAGGACUCCUCAGUCAAUUAAGAUUUUUGCUGAUGAUUGUUUUGGUGACAAUAAUAAAUUAACCAAGGUUAUGGAGGUGUUUCCAAAAUUAAUUAAUCUACAAGUGAACAAAGCAGACCAAAUGAGCUCAGGCAUGCGAGACACAUAUCUCGCGGUGAAGAGGACCUUUAGCAGUGACGGCACACCUGAAAAAAAAGUCAACGUGAAUGAGAAUACAGGAAAGAUGUCCUUUGACAGCAUGAGCACUUACUACAAAGUGGCAGAGGACGUGAAUGUUUUUACUGGAAGUACUUGUCUUAUAACUUACGCCAAGCCACAAGUGAGGAAAAUGGAUGAUGAGCGCAGAAAAAGGGAGGUAUCCGCGGGGCCAGAUGCUGUUGAAUGCCAGCUGGUCCCAGAGAAGCAGAAGACUGCAGCUGACGGCUCACGCUGCUCAAGCGUCACAGAAUCUGAUGACAGCUGUCAAUGCAACACAGGAGGUGAAACCAAGCCCUGCUGCUCCUCUCCCUGCUUCAUAGACAAAUCAAGUAGCUAUUGGUGUUACUCAGGCCAGACACUGGAAUGGUGCUCACCCCCGUACUCACUUAUCACGUAUAAUGGAAAGAGGUGCUUGGAUGAUCACCCCUGCGCCACAUAUGGUGAGGACUACUACUGGUGCUGGACCUCUAAAAGCUGGGACUACUGCAGUCCUCCGCUGAAGUACAGUAAGACUAAAAAGGGGACGUACUGCCGCAGCAACCACGCCUGUGCAAAAUAUGGUUACAGACAUACAUGGUGCUACACAGAUGAUAAAGGCAAUUAUGACAAGUGCUGUACUUCUGAUGAUUGCUACUCAACUGUUAAUGACCAAACCUGCAGGUCUAAUCACCUCUGUGGCUACCAUGAUAAAGCUUACCUGUGGUGCUACACAGAUAGAGAAGGCAACUGGGAUUAUUGUUGCACAAACUGUAGACAGUGGAUGGUUUAAAGUGCUUAUUACAAUUAAUAAUAAAGUAUGACUUUGCAAAGUUAAUUGUGAUUUAUAAUUGCAUUACUUACAAACCAACAAACUUUCUAACAUAAAGUCUCUCAUACAUGUUUCUCAAAUUAACACCAGCUUUAAAUGUAUUUUUCCCUGAUC